CAAUGUACUCUAAUACUCCCAACUUCUUGGCUUUCCUGUCAGUAUGAAAGCUGAACAGGUUAUCUUAUACAUGCUUGUUCAAAUACAUGGCUAAAGGAAAGUUUAAAACCAUCAGAUCUGGACCCACUUCAAACUCAUGGCUUAAAAAAUAAACCCCGUUCUUUCUGCCUCCACUGCCGUCAUGGCUCCCGUGAAAAAGCCUGUGGCGAAGGGGGACAAAAAAAAGAAGCAGGUUCUGAAGUUCACUCUUGAUUGCACCCACCCUGUAGAAGAUGGAAUUAUGGAUGCUGCCAAUUUUGAGCAGUUUUUGCAAGAAAGGAUCAAAGUGAACGGGCAAGCCGGGAACCUUGGUGGAGGGGUGGUGACCAUCGAAAGGAGCAAGAGCAAGAUCACCGUGACGUCCGAGGUGCCUUUCUCCAAAAGGUAUUUGAAAUAUCUCACCAAAAAAUAUUUGAAGAAUAAUCAUCUACGUGAUUGGUUGCGCGUAGUUGCUAACAGCAAAGAGUUACGAAUUACGUUACUUCCAGAUUAACCAGGACGAAGAAGAGGAAGACAAGGAUUAAAUUUCAUUUAUCUGGAAUAUUUUGUAUGUGUUCUUGAAUAAAACAGCAAUAACAAAAAAAAAAAAACCCUGUUUUACCUCUAAACCCUAGUGCAGUUUACAUUCUCAAUUGUUUCUGCCUCUAAACCUGUAUUUUAUGAUUAAGGCAUUUAUUUCUUCCUCUUACCUCAGAUUCGUUAGUCU